UUAGAUCUUUGGUUGCAGCAUUGAAGACAUUUCCGGCAUUAAUUAAUAAAAAUGAAUAUUCUUCCAAAAAAAAGGUGGCACGUAAGAACGAAGGAAAACAUUGCUAGAGUUAGAAAAGAUGAAGCAGAGGCUGCUGAAAAACAAAGACAGGAAAAACUUCGUAUUGAAACGGCAGACCGUGAAGCCAGACUUAACAUUUUAAAGCAGAACAGCAAAAUAAAAUUACACGAAUUGGGUAUUGAUAUAAAAACAUCCAGCAAUGAUGCAGAUGUUCAUUCUCAACAUAUUAAUUUAUUUUUAGAUAUAGAACAUUCUGUUAAUUUCAAAAAUAAAGAACAUGAAAAGGAAAUCAAAGAAAAACAAGAAGAAUAUGAGAAAAAAAUUGGUUAUUUGACAUACCUUGGCCAAAAUACAAAUGAAAUUCUCAAAAAGAAGAAUUGGUAUGAAGUAGCUCCUAGUGCUAGAAUUGCAGAAUCAAACAAUAUUAAAGAUACAUAUGAAAAAUUAGUCCUUAAAGAUGUUGAUGGAAAGCCUAAGCAAAGAUGUUCAGAUGUUCUUAAUGGUGAAUGUGAUUGGAAAUCAAAACAAAAACAUGACCCAAUAAACAAAUUUAGAAAAUAUUGUGGAGAAACAUCUGGCAAAGAUAAAAAUAACAAAAAUGAAGAGAAAAAUAACAGAAGAAAAGAUGUAUCAAGUAAAGAGGAUAAAAAUAAAAAGUUACAAAAACUUAGAGAGGCCCGUCUUAAAAGAGAGCAGGAAGAAAAAUAUAAGACAGAUGUAUUCCUAAGUGGGUUUAGUAAAUCAACAACCACCUGUGCAACUGAAACCAAAGCUCAGGCAACUAAAAUUAAACCAAAAUACAAUUCCCAGUUUAAUCCAGAACUUGCCAGACAAAAUUACAAAUAAUUAAAAAUACCUGAGAAUUAUGUUUAUAAAUGUAUUGUUAUUUAAGUAA